UUGGGACGCCACUUUUGCACGCGGCUCCCAGCUGGCGGGCAGUAGGUGAGUGUGAACGUGAGGAAGCGUGAGGAAGCGUGUUGCCCCCUCUCUUCCCCUGACUCGCAUCUCAAGGCCAGAGACCUGCCGCUCCAGGUGUGGAGUUCACAGUUCUCAAGAAUCUGGUCUUUGCAAAAAGGGAGAAUUCAAGAAGAGAAAAUGACUUUUGGGUUCCUCAUAGCUGAGUCCCAGAAUUUACUGACAUUUCAAGACGUGGCUGUGGAUUUCACACAGGAUGAAUGGGGGCUGCUGGAACCUGAUCAGAAGGACCUGUUCUGGGACGUGAUGCUGGAGAAUUAUGAGAACUUCAUCUCCCUUAGGUUUCCAGAUUCCAAACCAGAUGGGAUAUCUCAUUUGGAAAGAAGAGAUGCAUCCGGACAAACAGUGAGAGAAGUCCUAAGAAGCACUCACCCAGAUUUUCUAGGUGAAUAUAAUACAUUUGGAAGAAAGUGCAGUCUGGUGUCAGUCCUCGUUCCACAACAGAAAGUUCAUAUAAGAAAAUGUCUUCAUCCUUAUGAUACACUUGGAAAGAGCUUAAGUAAGUUUUCAGGCCUAACUGAACAUAAUAGAAUUUCCUUAGGGGAGAAACUUUAUAAGUAUAACCAGUGCAAAAAGCCAUUCACUUACCACUCAAACAUUAUUCAUUAUGAUAGGAUACAUACUCAAAUAAAACAGCAAAAACAUGAUGAAUUUGACAAAUCCUUCAGCAUUAAUUCAUGCCUUCCUGUAUAUCAAAGAGGUCAUACUGGAGAGAAACAAUUUGCCUAUAAUACAUGUGGCAAAGCUUAUAGCAGUAAACAAAACCUAAUUUCACGUCAAACAAUUCAUACUGGAGAGAAACCAUUUAAAUGUAAAGAAUGUGGAAAAGCUUUUGUUAAUAAUCAGAUCCUAUCUCUACAUCAAAGAAUUCAUACAGGAGAGAAACCCUUUGAAUGUAAUGAAUGUGGGAAAGCCUUCAGCCAGAAGGGCAGCCUUUAUUUACAUAAGCGGAUUCACAGUGGAGAGAAACCAUAUAUAUGUAAUGAAUGUGGAAAAGCCUUCAACAGUACUCAUAACCUAUUACAACAUCAAAGAAGUCAUACAGGAGAGAAACCAUUUGAAUGUAAUGAAUGUGGGAAAUCUUACCACAGUAAAGAAAACCUAAGUGCACACCAAACCGUUCAUACAGGAGAGAAACCACAUAAAUGCAGUGAAUGCGGGAAAGGCUUUGGUGCUAGGGCAAACCUCUAUGUCCAUAAGAAAAUUCACAGUGGAGAGAAACCCUUUGUAUGCGAUGAAUGUGGUAAAGCCUUCAAACAAAAGCAGCAACUCAAAAUACAUAAAAUAAUUCAUAGUGGAAGAAAGGCCUUUGAAUGUAAUGUAUGUGGGAAAGCCUUUGGCAGUAAACAUUAUGUAAGCCAACAUAAAAAAAUUCAUGCUGGAGACACACCCUAUAAAUGUAAUGACUGUGGAAAAGCUUUCUGCCAGAAAUCACGCCUUAAUAAACAUAAAUUAAUUCAUACUAUAGAACAACUAUUUGAAUGUAACGAAUGUGGAAAAGUCUUCACCAAUAAACACUACCUAGCCAGACAUAAAAAAAUCCAUACCGGAGAGAAACCCUUCAAAUGUAAUGAAUGUGGGAAAGGCUUCUUGCAAAAGGGAAACCUUAAAAAACAUAGUAUGAUUCAUUCAGGUGAGAAGCCCUUUGAAUGUAAUGAAUGUGGGAAAGCCUUCAGCAUUAAUAACUCCCUAAUUCAGCAUAUGAGAAUUCACACAGGAGAGAAGCCCUAUAUAUGUAGUGAAUGUGGGAAAGCAUUCUCCACCAAGUCUUGCCUUAAAGUUCAUAAGGUAGUUCACCCCGGAGAGAGACCUUUUGAAUGUAAUGAAUGUGGGAAAGGCUUCAGAUUCAUUUCAGGCUUUGUGAAACAUCAGAGAAGUCAUACUGGAGAGAAACCCUAUAAAUGUAAGGAGUGUGGGAAAACCUUCAUGCAGAGCACAUACCUUAUGCAGCAUGAGAGAAUUCAUACAGGAGAAAAACCUUAUGAAUGUAAUGAAUGUGGAAAGGCCUUCAAUCGAAAGGGAAACCUUAAUACACACAAGAGAAUUCAUACUGGAGUGAAACCAUAUUCAUGUAAUGAAUGUGGGAAACUCUUCAGGCAUAAAGGGAACCUUAAUACACAUAAGAAAAAUCAUACUGGAGAGAAACUUUGAAUGAAAAGAAAGUGGAAGGGCCUACAGUCAUAUGUUGCAGUUCAGAAUACAUAGAGGCCCUUUGAAUGUAAGGAAUUUAGGAGUACCUUGCACAGUUAAAAUACAUGGAAUUCAUACUGGGCAGAAACCCUAUGAAUAUAAUGGAGGUGGGACAGCUUGCAGGUGGAAAAGAAACCUAAAUUCACAUAAGAAAAUUUGUUCUUGAGUGAGAACUUCUUACUAACGACAAGGGAAAGGGCUUUGAAAAGGUGGCAAUGUUGAGGAAUGUGAAACAAAAGAUGAAGAGAAUCCUUUGAAUGCACAGACUAUGAAAAUGGCUUCAUGUAGAAAUACAGAACACUGCAUAUCAGAGUGUGCUCAUACUGAAGGCAAAGAGAGGCACAAGUGUGGGCAGACCUUCAGAGUGAAAACUCUUGAGGACUAGUGGAGAGAGAAACUCUUUCAAUAAUGAAUGGGAGGAAACCUUCAGGGUGAGCUCGACCUUUACUAUAUAUACACCCUUUUAAUAGCAGAAUAGAAGCCCCAUAUCAUCCUGCUUCCCCCUUUUAGACCUGCUUAUCAGUGCCCUUCCUAGAAUAUGGCACUCAUAAGUGGUGACAGUAUCCUAAGUGCAUUCUGACUACAGUAACAGGUUGCAGUACCUUGCUCGCUCUGGGUAUCAAAGACAACUUUUGGACGAGUUAGCUUUUUGGUCUGCUCUUUCAUAACAUCUGAUCCUUUUUGGCCCUGUAAUCCACUACAAUAAAUCUUCAUGGUUUGGUUUUUUUUUCAGAUGUAACUAGUGUGUAGGCCUAUCUUACCUAUAGUAUAUGUGUACAGUUGGUUUUUUUGAACCCUAGUUUAAGAUUUUAUAUUUAAUUGCUAAUAAAUUUCAUCUUACUCUCUUUGGCCCAAAUAUUUAGUUGGUUAAUAUCUUUUUGAAUCCUAACUGAUUCAUUUUGUUAGAAUCUCUCCCAAAUUUGUGUCAUCCACAAAUUUGGUAAAAAUGCUACUUGGGCCUUGAUCCAGGUCAAUAAAAGUUAAAUAGCACAGCGCCUAGUACAGAUCCCUGGAGAUUUUGUAAGUUGAUAUUAAAACCAUUGACAUCAAAUGAAAAUAAAAUUCAUUCAACACUGAAGAGCCAAGGUUACAGAUUUUGUCACUAGUCAAAGUAAUGCUUGUCACUUUGAGAGAGAAAAAUUCCUGUGAUCUCCUUUGUGUUCCUCUUUGGUAAUGCUCAACUUCCAUUAAGUGCCGGGAAAAAUUAAGUCAACAUGAUUCCUUACUGCAUGUAGCUCACAGGACUGUGGGAUGAGAGUGGGAGAUAGGACACAUACACAUGUAACAUGAAAUAUAUGAGAGAUACACACCAACUGGAAUCAUUUGUGUUCAAAUGAAGAUGGAUCACUGUUUGGUAGAGAGGACCAGGAAAGGAUUCAUGCAGGAUAUGACAUUUGAGUUGAAGCAUAAUGGAUAAGUAAGUUUUACAGACUCAUUGACCAGUCUGAAUAAAAGCAUUGAGGCAGGUCAUCAUGAGGCAAUUAUGGGUGGUUAAAGAAUCUUCUUAGUUGCCUUGCAACAUAUCACCUGUGUGAGAGCUAGCUGCAGUAUAGGGAUUGUACAUGAUAGUUUUUCAUACAUCUCCAAGAAGUGGGUCUGGCUUAUCAGCUUUAGUAGUCAUUCCCUGCUGAGAUGGGAUUCAUGCACUUAAUGGAGACUCUGCACAACAAAUACUUGUCAGCCAACACCUGUAGACCAAUCUUUCAACCAGUCUGAUAUCUAUGGGCUUACUGCAUGGUCUCCAGUUAAAAUAAGAUCAUCCAGAUGAACCAACAGCUCAAAGUAGUUCAUGAUAACAAUUAUUUUGUAUGAGCUACUACCAAAGUGACAAGACCCCCAGAUAUUAUGUGGAGUGUUCUAUCUCACUGAGCAGAUGGAACACGUCAUUUUCCUUAUCUCUCUCUACGAUGGGGAUCCAGUAAUAGCCUUGUCCAGUUACAACAUUCAGAAACAUUAAAUUGGGAAAAGUGUAAAAGAUAGUCUUUUUGUAAGUAUAAUAGUUGACUUUUUUUUAUUAAAGUAAUAAAUAUUUUUUAUUUUGUAGUUUGGGGUUCCAAUUUUUAUCCCUUUUUCCCUUCCUUCCCUCCCCUCUCCCUGAGGCGGUAAGCAA